CCAAAAUAGAAUUCCCAAAUGUUGCUGGAAGCUGUCUACUUUUCCAACAGUACUGCAAGCAGAUCCCAGGUCAAACCUUUAGUUUUUCCUAUAAAUAGAGAAACGGAGUCUGUGUUUGCUCACUUUCUGAUUCAGACAUACAGAAAGAAUGUCAGGCCCUGCGUGCUGCUCAAACCCUCCAGCCCUUAACCCAGCAAGUGGUUCCGGCCAUGUUGAAAAGCUUGCUGGUCUGGACUCCUAUGUCACUGGCUCUCCUGACUCCAAGCUUGCCGUUCUUCUCAUUGCUGACAUUUUUGGCUAUGAAGCUCCACUCUUGAGGAAGCUCGCAGACAAAGUUGCAGCUGCUGGGUUCUUUGUUGUGGUACCUGAUUUCUUUUAUGGAGAUGCUUUUCCUGGUGAUGCCGGACCAGUUGGAAACUCUUCUGCUCUACCUAUUUGGUUAAAGACACAUUUACCGAUCAAGGCAUCUGAAGCUGCAAAACCAUUACUUGAAGCCUUAAAGAGUAAAGGUGUUUCUGCAAUUGGGGCUGUAGGCUUCUGUUGGGGAGCCAAGGCUGCGGUUGAACUUGCAAAGUAUGAUGACCUUCUCCAUGCUGCUGUCUUGUGCCAUCCUUCAUUCGUCACUGUGGACGAUUUCAAGGCGGUUAAGGUUCCCAUUUCUGUACUUGGAGCUGAGAUUGAUCCGAUUUCGCCACCUGACGUCGUGAAACAAUUUGAAGAGGUUUUAACUGCAAGACCUGAGAUCAAAAGCCAUGUGAAGAUAUUCCCAAAAGUGCAACAUGGGUGGACCGUGAGGUACAACGCUGAAGAUGAGGCUGCUGUUAAGUGUGCUGAGGAGGCUCAUCAAGACAUACUGGAUUGGUUCUUUAGCCAUGUCAAAUGAAUCGUAUCAUCACUCAAGUUCUGUUUUAUUGUCACUUAUGAUGGGGAUGGGAUCAAUAUCUGUACCCUAUCUUAUCGAAUGCUUUUUGUUUUAUGAUGAUUCAAUAAUGGAUGUAGUAAUGGAUGUAGUACUGCUCAGACUGGUAUGUAAAUCUUUUUAUGUACCAAUAUGUGUGUACAUUGCUUAUGUAAAGGUUUACAGUGAGUAUUGAAUGAUGCUUGUAAAACUCCUAGAACUGAUGUUUCCUGAGAUGGUAAGACUUCAACUUAUGCUCAUUUAAGUUUGGUGA